UUCACCAGCGGAUCUGACACAGCUCCGUAGCGCCCCCUAAAGGCGUGAACGGUCUAAGACAAUUGGACCUUCUCCUUUCCCGUCCAUUUUAGUGGGCUAACUUGGGUGCAGAACUGAGCGAGCAUUUUAUUUGUGUGCUCACUACGCUCGUUUCUCCGAUCUUUGGCCUCUCAUUGUUUUGAUAGCGACCUGACGCCACCCUAAAGCUGCGAAGCUAACUCGGCGAGGGCUAAGCUAGCGCAUGUUUGUGGGGUUCGGAGCCGCAAACAUGGAUGACGGCGACGAGCUGGGAAUAGUUCUUUCCCACAACACCUCCUCUGGCUCCAAGUCGGGCGGCGACAAAAUGUUUUCCCUCAAAAAGUGGAACGCCGUCGCUAUGUGGAGUUGGGACGUCGAAUGCGACACUUGUGCCAUUUGCCGGGUGCAAGUGAUGGAUGCUUGUCUCCGAUGCCAGGCGGAAAACAAACAAGAAGACUGUGUUGUUGUUUGGGGCGAGUGCAACCAUUCGUUCCAUAACUGCUGCAUGUCCCUUUGGGUGAAGCAGAACAAUCGCUGCCCCCUCUGCCAGCAGGACUGGGUGGUUCAGAGAAUCGGGAAAUAACGGCAGCUCCAUGGCGACGUGAUUCACAGAUGUCACCUGUAUGCACCGGAGGGUGGACACAGAUCUGGCCGUGAUGGUCGCGACGCCCUGCGCAGAGCCGCUUUCUCCAACUCGCCUCGGGCUUUUCAUUGCAUGUUCCAGUAUCCCCGGUGUCAGAUGCGGGCAGUGAAACAAGCAGGUGGAUAUCCACACACACAUGCUCAAGAGUCGUGGCUCGCUGAUUGGAAGAGUCACGAGGAGAAACCGGAUGACACUUUGCAGUGUGUGUUGUCACUUGUAAGUUUUACAAUUUUUGUUUGUGCGGGGUGGGGAUUGCCACGUUUCAAAUAUGUGACUCAUUUUCAGGAAUAAAAGUUUGUGAAAGCUGUAAA